CCUAAAACCCUACACUCAUUUCGAAAGCAUGGAUGCUUCUGCUGUGUGGAGGAUUCUCCUCCUGGGAAAAACUGGUGUUGGAAAGAGCAGCCUAGCCAACACUAUUUUUGAAGAGCCCAUAUUCCAAAUAAACCACCUCAGUGGCCGGCCAAGUCAUCGCUCUCGAGCUGAAACCAAAUCUGUCAAUGGAAGAAGCAUUGCAUUGAUUGACACUCCUGGCUUCUUCGAUGCUGGAAGCUCUGAGGAGGAAAUGAAGUCUGAGAUAGUGAGGUGUAUCACAGAAUGCGCUCCUGGGCCACACGCUAUCCUCAUUGUCCUCAAAGUGGAGAAGUUUACAGAGCAUGAGAAGGCUGUCAUCGCUAAAAUAUGCAAAUUUUUCUCAGAAGAUUCCCUAAAAUGCGCUGCAGUUGUCUUCACUCAUGGUGACCAGCUGGCUGAAGGAAUGACAAUUGAAGAGUACAUCGACCAAAGUGAAAGUCUGAGCGAUCUGGUGAAGAAGUGCGGAGGCCGCUGCUGCAUCGUUGACAAUAAAUACUGGAAGACCAACGAUGAGGACAGCUACAGAAGUAACCAGUUCCAGGUGGCAGAACUUCUCAGCACCAUAGACAAGAUGGUGACGGAGAAAAAUGGAGGUUACUUUAGCAAUGACAUGCUAAAGGAAGUAGAGAAAGCGAUACAGGGAGAGGAGGAGCGAAUCAGAAAGUCAUCUGGAAACUUAUCAGAGGAAGAAAUUAGGCAGCAGGCAAAAAGCAACGUCUUUAAGACCAUGACAGAACAUCCACUUAAAACAAGGUUCCUAGGUUUUGUGGGUUUUACAGCCAUUGCUGGGAUACUUGCUGCUGUCUUUGCUGUGUUAUUUGGCUCAAAAGCUGGGAAGGUGAUCACAGAAAAUACCACAGAAAUAAUAGCAACACCAAUAGCAAUAGCAACACCAAUAGCAACACCAAUAGCAACAACAAUAGCAACACCAAUAGCAACAACAAUAGCAACGGUGGUUGAAGAAAUAGCCAAUGUUGUUCCUGAUGUGUCUCCAGCAGUCAGUGUUAUAACUGAAGCAGUUGAAGAUUUCAUUCAACCCAUAGUGGACAUACCCGAGACAUUUGAGACCAUCUUUGACACAUGUAGAGCCUUGUUUGAAACAACUUAUGAUCCUUGGAAUCCAUUUGAAUAAAUACUGCUCAUUAAUCAGAUAUUACUUACAUUGGCACACUGUUUGGUGUGUUCCAGCUGUACACAACAGGUGCUCAAAACCUACAGCAUGAGAUACACAGUAAAAACUAGAGUGCUGAUAUCUCAGUGUUAAGCCGAUUUAACUCCUGCUGAAUCAAUAACGUAUGCAGAUGAUAUUACAGUAUAUGCAUCAACAACUACACCCGAUGAUUUGACCACCACCUUGAACAAGGAAUUAGAUAUCAUAGGAAAAUGGAUUCAAAAAACAAGCUUAUAGUGAAUACAUCCAAGACAAAAAGCAUAGUUUUGAGUCAAAUCAUUCUCUGAGGCAGAUGCCAGAGCUUAAACUCUUCAUCAAUAAUUCACCUAUAGAGCAAGUAAAGGAAAUUAAACUUUUGGGCGUUACCUUAGACAACAAAUUGUCCUGGUCCCAACAUACAGAAACUAUUGUCGGUAAAAUGGGAGGGGUUUGGCUGUAGUAAGGAGAAACAGAAAAUUUCUUACCCCUGAAUUAACUAAACUUGUACUGAAUACUCUUGUUCUCUCACAGCUAGAUUAUUGUCAAUUAAUAUGGUUGAAUGUGACAAAGAAAGAUUUAAGUAGACUACAGCUCAUACAAAACAAGGCAGCAUGCCUGGUGCUCUCAAUGUCCAUAUGACACUAAUAUCAACAGCAUGCACCAAAGUCCUGGCUGGCUAGAGGUGGAGGACAAGAUGACUGCUUCAUUACUACUGGCAACAUGGAAACUUUUGCAAUCUAAAACACAAUACAGGAAACUAAAACUAAAUAUAGAUAGAACACUAGACAAGCAACAAAUAGACAGUUUCCACUACCAAAAGCAAACACUCAUUUCCUAAAAUGUACAGUAGCGUACAGAGCAAUGAAGGCAUGAUGGAAUUCCCUACCACUGUUGGAGACUAAAUUAACACAAAAAUCUGUUUUUUAAAAACUCAUAUUAAAAAACGCCUUGGCAUAUCAUAUUUGUAGGACACUAGGCACAUAGUGUUUGUAGUUUUCUUAUUUUAACCUUUGUAUCAAUGUUUUGUGGAUGAUAUUUUCUUUAUUUUUUACAGAAAUUAUUGUAAAGUUCAAUGGAUAUUUUAAGUUUCUGGAUUUGUGUGAAGUAUGAUUUUAAUUCUCUUUCUUGCUUUCUUGUAAAUGUAAAUGGAUUUAUUAUAUGCCUGUAAAUAUGUUUGUUUUUAGCCUGGACCCACGGUUAAAUUUAACACUAUGGGAGAUGAAUUACCACUGAUGAUUUCUCUGUGUAAAGUUGAUCUGUUAGUAUCAAAGAGUAGAUUAUAAACACAACUGGGAAUAAACUGUACACUCUUCAGAGUUGGCAAACCUGUAGAGAUACGUUUUAUUAACACCCUACAGAGAAAAUAAGUGUUGAAAAGGUUUACUCAAUUUUAGAGGUAAUUAAUUAAACACCAAUCUGGGGUGGAACCAUAGACAAAACUACAUCUAAAUAUUUAAGUUUUACUUUAACACUGCAAAAUAUUGUGUAAUUUUUUUGAUGACCGUUUAUUUGAACAUUGGACUUUCGAUUAAGAAUUACAUUCUACGCUCUCACAUGGACGGACAACAGAUAUUUAGAAAUACAAAACAAGACAUCAGGAGGUUCCUUUUUGAUUUUCUGGUUUUGGUUUAAAGUUCCACUGGCAACUACAGACGGGACAAUUUAGCCUAAAGGAUGCUUGCCUAAGGCCCAGUGGCUAGAUGAGAUAUCUGUUUAUCACUAAGGUAGAUGGAACUCAUGGGUGUUGCUUCUUUUACUCUUCAGAUGGACUGUUGUCCUACAGCAAUACCUACUAAAAUGCUUGCAGACGACUUAAGACUUGUGAUUUUUGCUCCUCAAGAUCAUUCAAAGACAGGGGAGGAAGGGAACUAAUUAAAUGUACUCAUGUCAACAUAACUGAGCAGCUUUUUGUGCACUUGUACUUUUUAAAAUACAUUUUAAAUUCUGCAAUUUCACUUUUACUUGAUUAUAUUUUGGGGGAAGUAGAAGUGCACAGAUACUAAUACCAGUAUUAUGUAUUUGUACCUAUUUAAAGAACUCACAGCUUGUGUGAAGUUUUCAUAAAAACCUAUUCAGGUUUGAAACCUCAUGGAAAUUCUUGUUUGUGUGCUUUAAGCUUUGUGCUCACUCCCAGCAACACAGUGAUUAACAUUACAUCUAACAUUUAAAGCAAAUUAAAUGUGAAUUAUUGCAACAAUAUCUAUCAAAAAUGAAAAGUGAUUUGAACCUCUGAUGCAAUUAACCUGACAGAAAAUCUAUGUGGCGCCAUCCAGUUUCACAUGUGCAGCUCAGCAUCCUGACUUCUACCAAUCCUGCAUAAAUAGUAUAAACAUCUAUUUGCUAUGAGGGGCUUUAAAAAGUAUGCAAAACAAUUGAUCUUGACCAUCUUGUUCGGAUUUAGGCUUGAAGACUAGAUACCUUGAUUGUAGCAGUCUCUGGGUUGUAGUAAUUUAGAGCUUAAAUAUCUUGUGCUUAUUUCAAAGACAAACUCGAUGUUCUUUUCAUAACUCUGUCAUUUUAAAGGAUUUGUUGUACCAAAUCCAUGUAUCCUUUAUUUCUUAUAAUAAUUUAUGAAACAAUAUGUUUUGCUUUGUUACCUGUAUAAUGCACUAAUAAAGCUUCUGAUUGGGCA